AUGGCGGCAGAAGGCUCGACUGCACGGCUUGCCUUGACUCCUUACCAGCAGGUUGGAUGUAAGAGUCCUCCGUGGGGUGCUGCUGAGAUCCAGUGCAUGGGGUGUGGAAGAAGGGUGUCCAGCGCUUCUGGUCGCCACUAUGUUCUUCAAUGUGGACAUGCAUUUUGUGAACUGUGCUUGUUAGUAACUGAAGAAUACAGCACAGUUAAAUGUCCCAAUUGUGAGGUUGCUACAACUGUAAAUAUAAGAAAAGGAUUCUACCCAACAGAUGGUUGUAGUAAAGAAGAUUCUCCUAUGAACAAAGUACAACUCAAAAUGAUAAAGAAUUGCUCUCCAGAUUUAAAAAAGGCAGAUGAUCAGCUAAAUAUUGGUUUAGAACAAUCAGCCUCCAUACACAGGAUGGUUUUGAAUUCAGCUAUGAUAUCGGAAACUAAAACUACAGAAGAAAUUGAUGAAGCACUGAAAAUAGCAGGCUGUAAUUUUGAACAAUUAAAUAUUUCUAUAAAAAUGCUUGAACAAACACAGAGCCAAACAAAGAAGGAGACAGAUCAUCUUAUAGAAGUUGUAGAGAAACAGUUUGAUAAGCUUUUUGCUUCUCUUGAGUCUAGGAAAAAGAAAUUGUGUGAAGAACUUGUAAGAAAUACAGAUGAUUAUUUGUCAAAUUUAGUAUUGACUAAAAACUACCUUGAAGAGAAAAAAAAUGACUUGGAUGCAGCUAUGAAAAUAGCAAGAGAAUUGAAAUCAGCACCUUCUCUGAGAACAUACUGUGACCUUACUCAGAUUAUUCGAACUCUGAAAUUAACAUUUGGCAGUGAAUUAUCACAAGUUAAUUAUCUUAAACCAAGGAGCCCUCCCAGGUUGAAUAUGAAUUGCAGUGAAAUUAUCUGCAUGUUCAGUAAUAUGGGAAAACUUGAAUUUGAGGCCCCAACAAAAAAUUAUCACCAAGAUAAUGAAGUUGGACAGAAUAUUCAAAAGAAAUAAAAUAAUAAAAUGGACCGUGGCACCUACUCAUCACUAGAAAAGGGGAAAAAAACUGACAUGUCUAUCCCUACCAGUGAUGCCUCUGCACUUCCUUUGCAAAUGGAGACCAGUGACAAAUAUUCAGAAGAGAAAAACAUUCCACCACAGGAAGAGAUGGUUACAGUGACGUCCCCCAAAAUGGUUCCUGUACUACCUCAAAUAGGAUCUACCCCUGAUGUGAUAAUUGAAGAAAUCAUUGAAGAAAAUGUAGAAUCCUUCAGUGAGUUCAUUUUUGUAAGCCAUGUAAUACACCCUUGCCACUUCUACGUUCGGAAGUAUUCACACAUAAAAGAUGCAACAGUACUGGAAAAGAAGGUGAAUCAAAUCUGCAAUACGAGUUUACACCUUGAUCUUUCUGAUACCUUGGAGCUAGGUGCAAGAAUAUUUGUCAACAGUAUUGAAAAUGGAAUGUGGUGUCGAGGAACUAUCACUGAAUUAAUUCCAAUAAAAAGUAAAAAUACUAGAAAACCUUGUAGUCCAACCAAGUUCUCAGUUCAUGAAGUUGCACUAAUACAAAUAUUCAUGGUAGAUUUUGGAAAUUCUGAAGUCCUAAUUGUCAGAGGAGUUGGUGAUACUUCUAUGAGACCAGAACACGUUACUGCACAGCAUGUUACAGUAAAUGAUUUGUGUCUGGCUCUAAGGAAAUACGAGCUGUAUAAUGAAGAGCUGUGGAAAGACAUCCCACCCUUAGCCCACGCAUGCUCCUUGAAAGAUAUUGUUCCACAUAAUUCAGAUGAAGGCUGGGAAGAGGAAGCAAAAGUAGAAUUUUUGAAAAUGGUAAAUAAUAAAGCUGUUUUAAUGAAAGUUUUUAGAGAAGAGGAUAAUGUGCUUAUUGUAGAUCUACAGAAACCGCCAACAAAUAAAAUAAGCAGUGAUAUGCCUAUAUCUCUUAGAGAUGCAUUGGUUUUUAUGGAACUAGCAAGGUUUAGGUCUCAAUCACCAGGAAGUCAUGAUGAAAAAAAUAUGGCUUUACCCUAUCACCCACCUAUCUUGCCUAAAGAAAUGACAGAUGUUUCUGUUAUGGUUUGUCAUAUAAAUAAUCCUGCAGAUUUCUAUCUCCAGUUGGUAGAGAAUUUCGAUUUUUUAUUUCUAUUAAAGACAAUUGAGGAAUUCUAUAAAGAUGAAGAUGGGGAAAGUCUGGAAAUUCUUUGUCCAGUUCAAGAUCAAGCCUGUGUAGCUAAAUUUGAAGAUGGAGUUUGGUACCGAGCGAAAGUUACUGGAUUGCCUGGACAUCGGGAAGUUGAAGUUAAAUAUGUGGACUUCGGGAAUACUGCAAAAAUAACAGUUAGAGAGAUGCGUAAAAUAAAGGAUGAGUUUUUGAAUACUCCAGAGAAGGCAAUUAAAUGUAAGCUGGCAUACAUUGAGCCAUAUAAAAGAACAUCACAGUGGUCCAAAAAAGCUAAAGAAAAAUUUGAAGAAAAGACUCAAGAUAAAUUCAUGACGUGCUCAGUUAUUAAAAUUCUGGAAGAUAAUGUGCUGUUAGUUGAACUUUUUAAUUCUUGCUGUGCUCCUGGAAUGAUUCCUACUAGCAUUAAUGACCAACUUGUCAAAGAAGGCCUAGCAUCUUAUGAAGCAGGUUAUACUCUCAAAGAUAACUCUAAAAAGCAUACUGAAGUGUGGGAUCCUUCUCCAGAAGAAAUUAUUUCAAAUGAAGUAAACAACUUAAAUCCCAUGCCUGUAAAAUCUCUACCUAAUGAAAAUUUCCAGUCAUUUUAUAAUAAGGAACUGCCUGUGCAUAUCUGUAAUGUAAUAUCUCCUGAGAAGAUUUAUGUUCAGUGGCUACUAACAGAAAACUUACUUAAUAGUUUAGAAGAAAAGAUGAUAGCUACUUACGAAAACUCAGAAUGGGAACCUACUAAAUGGGAAAGUGACAUGCACUGUGCUGUUAAGGUCCCAGAUAAAAAUCAGUGGCGAAGAGGCCAGAUCAUCCGAAUGGUUACAGACACACUGGUAGAGGUCUUACUGUAUGAUGUGGGCGUUGAACUAGUAGUGAAUAUUAACUGUUUAAGAGAACUUCAAGAAGAUCUAAAGACGAUGGGAAGAUUAUCUUUGGAGUGCUCUCUUGUUGAUAUAAGACCAGCUGGCGGGAGUGACAAGUGGACAGCUACAGCUUGUGACUGUCUUUCUUUGUACCUCACUGGAGCCAUAGCAACUAUAAUCUUACAGGUGGGCAGUAGGGAAAACCACAUAACAUGGCCAUUACCUGUGAAAAUUUACUGUAGAGAUGAAAAAGGAGAUCGAGUUGAUGUUUCUAAAUACUUGAUUAAAAAGGGUUUGGCUUUAAGAGAGAGAAGAACUAAUAAAUCAGAUCACAACCAUUCAUCUGAGAAGUCUCUAGAAAUGCCCCUGGAACAAGGAGACUUGGUCAUUACUGAGAGUCAUAAAAUUAACUUUGACACUGACAGAAAAGCUGCUGAUACAAUCAGUGAACCUAAGAUACCUGAAGUGAAAGAGAAAAUGCCAGAAACAAGAGUCACUGGAUGCUAUAAACCACCAGCUGUUCCUAACAUGCAAGUAUUUGAGGCGAUAGUCAGCUGCAUUGGUGAUGAUGGAACUAUAUUUGUGGUCCCUAAAUCAUCAGAAUUUGACCUAGUGAAAAUGAUGAAUGAAAUUCAAAGCAAUUUAAAGUGCCUUGGCCUUUUGGAGCCUUACUGCUGGAAGAAAGGAGAGCCGUGUGCGGUCCGAGGAUCAGAUACCAUGUGGUACCGAGGCAAGGUGGUGGAAGUUCUAGGCGGCACUGUCAGGGUACAAUACUUAGAUCAUGGAUUCACUGAGAAGAUUCCACAGUGUCAUCUUUAUCCUAUUUUGCUGUAUCCUGACACACCCCAGUUUUGUAUUCCUUGUCGACUCUUUCAGACUAUACCGGUUGGGAAUGUCUGGCAGCCUGAUGCAAUUGAGCUUCUUCAGGAACUACUUUCAAAGAGAGAGGUGGACAUCCAUGUUGUGGAAUUGCCUGAAACCCCCUGGAAGGAAUUGUCUAUUCAUCUCUAUUUUGAUGGAAUGUCACUUUCCCACUUCAUGGCACUUCAUAAGUACUGCACUUUUGAACAUUCAGAGGAGAUUUUUAAAGAAAAACCCACAGAUUACAAUACAAAGUAUGAGGAGGAAAAAUGGGAAAUAAAAUUUGAGGACCUGCUUUUGUCUGACAGAGAGGAUUCUGUUUUACAACCCUUCUCAUCCACAUCUCUGCCUCCCCCAGAAGAACUGUACCCUGUGCAAGUGACGCACGUCGUGUCGCCCAGUGAAGUAUAUAUUUGCCUGGAUUCUGUAGGAAAUUAUAAUCAGUUCAACCAUCGUAAUGACACAGGUGACAGCGGGGAAUUGAAAUCAGAGAGCCUGGAAGAAGCGCUGCAGAGGUUUAAUAAGACUGUGGAGACCUUUCCUCCUCUGACAGAUUUUAGAAUAGAAAUGCCUUGCCUUGCAAAAUAUACAGAUGGCUUAUGGUAUAGAGCAAAGAUUGUUUCCAUAAAGGAAUUUAAUCCUUUAUCUGUCCUGGUACAGUUUGUUGAUUAUGGAUCAACUGAAAAGCUGGCAGUAAAUAGAAUGCGUCAGAUUCCUCAUCAUCUUAUGCAGUACCCAGCACGAGCCAUAAAGGUUCUCUUGGCAGGAUUUAAGCCUCCUUUGAAGGACUCCGAGAAGACAAGAAUACCGUAUUGCCCCAAGUGGAGCAUGGAGGCGCUGUGGGCUAUGAUAGACUGUCUUCAAGGAAAACAGCUUUAUGCUUCUUCCAUGGCUCAAGCACCAGAACAAACGGUGACACUAUAUGAAGAUGAGCAGUACCCAGUUCAUCUGGCCCUAGUGGAAAUGGGGCUUGCAGACACGGAUGAAUGA